AUGGCAAGAACAUCAGCUGGAUCCACCCAAGGGAGAAACUCCUCAACACUAGGGACACACGUGUUUUUGGGGGGAAAAGCUUCACCAGUGGUGGUUGUGGCAGUGGUGGUUACACCAGUGGUGGUUAUGCCAGGGGUGUUUGUGCCAGGGGUGGUUAUGCCAGGGGUGUUUGUGCCAGGGGUGGUUAUGCCAGGGGUGGUUAUGCCAGUGGUGGUUAUGCCAGGGGUGGUUAUGCCAGUGGUGGUUAUGCGAGGGGUGGUUAUGCCAGGGGUGAUUAUGCCAGGGGUGGUUAUGCCAGGGGUGGUUAUGCCAGUGGUGGUUAUGCCAGGGGUGGUUAUGCCAGGGGUGAUUAUGCCAGUGGUGGUUAUGCCAGGGGUGGUUAUGCCAGGGGUGAUUAUGCCAGUGGUGGUUAUGCCAGGGGUGGUUAUGCCAGGGGUGAUUAUGCCAGGGGUGGUUAUGCCAGGGGUGGUUAUGCCAGUGGUGGUUAUGCCAGGGGUGGUUAUGCCAGGGGUGAUUAUGCCAGUGGUGGUUAUGCCAGGGGUGGUUAUGCCAGGGGUGAUUAUGCCAGGGGUGGUUAUGCCAGGGGUGGUUAUGCCAGUGGUGGUUAUGCCAGGGGUGGUUAUGCCAGUGGUGGUUAUGCCAGGGGUGGUUAUGCCAGGGGUGAUUAUGCCAGUGGUGGUUAUGCCAGGGGUGGUUAUACCAGGGGUGGUUAUGCCAGUGGUGGUUAUGCCAGGGGUGGUUAUGCCAGGGGUGGUUAUGCCAGUGGUGGUUAUGCCAGGGGUGGUUAUGCCAGUGGUGGUUAUGCCAGGGGUGAUUAUGCCAGUGGUGGUUAUGCCAGGGGUGAUUAUGCCAGUGGUGGUUAUGCCAGGGGUGGUUAUGCCAGUGGUGGUUAUGCCAGGGGUGGUUAUGCCAGCGGUGGUUAUGCCAGUGGUGGUUAUGCCAGGGGUGGUUAUGCCAGUGGUGGUUAUGCCAGGGGUGGUUAUGCCAGCGGUGGUUAUGCCAGGGGUGGUUAUGCCAGUGGUGGUUAUGCCAGGGGUGGUUAUGCCAGUGGUGGUUAUGCCAGGGGUGGUUAUGCCAGUGGUGGUUAUACCAGGGUUGGCUGUAGUGCCAGAGACGGAUGAAGGAGCAGAUGAUGCAGGAGCAGAUGAUGCAGGAGCAGGUGAUGCAGGAGCAGGUGAUGCAGGAGCAGAUGAUGCAGGAGCAGAUGAUGCAGGAGCAGAUGAUGCAGGAGCAGAUGAUGCAGGAGCAUAG